GGCAGAAAGAGGAAACUUGAGGCCAGGUUACGAUAGCUCCUGACCGCACAGCACCUCCGUUUAGCGACACUACUUGAGCGAGAGCGUGAAGCUAUUUUCGCACAACUGCCGGCUGACUCGGUUGCGGGUGCCCUGGGCUGCGAAAUUGCGAAACCAAGUCGUUAUCGAGGUGCGGAGCGAACGAUUAUGUUGCCUCACAGAGCGCUACGAUGUGCUGCUGCCGUGUUUGCGUGCGUGGUGCUGACGUUCACCUGCGAGCAGUGCUAUGGACAAUCAGAAAGCUGCAUGUCCAGAUGGCUGCAGCUCUCACUACCCAAUGCCAGCAGUACUGACAUCAGCAAGUAUGAAGACUUGAUGAGCCGACUUGCACCGCCUGUCGACGAAAGCACCAUACAGAGUUCGGACCACGUCCUACUGUCCGUGCUACUCCAGCCCGACAGCCAAGCCGUCUCCUACCUGAAUUCAUGCAUGGGAGAAACUCAAGAUUCACGUUGUCCCGCUACCAAGCCAUGUCUGAACGAUGGAAAGUGUCUUUACGAGCACACACCAGCAGUAGGAUACGUAUGCAGGUGUACACAAGGCUUCACAGGUAGCCGCUGCCAAACGAUGCGACCACAGUGUAUGCAGGCAAGGUGUUUGAAUGGCGGAACGUGCGUGUCCUCACCCACCGGAUACAGGUGCACGUGCAGAACACUGUUUCACGGAAGACACUGCGAACGACGCUGGUUGUCCCGAUUGGGCGUCGGCCGCAUCACUUCCACUCUAGCCAAGCUCGAUAAUGACGUCACUGCACUGCGGAGCAACAUGUCCGCCGUGGGACAACAGACCUCCGACCAAGUGUCUGCCUUCCUCGGCAAAUUGGAACGGAAAAUUGAGGCGGCCUUGACCAACCUGGAUGAUAAACAACGUUCAAAUGAACGUCGAAUUGAAAAUGCCGUUGCCAUGGCAUUGACCCUGCGCAACACAACACGCGACCUUCAAAGCAGAAUCCAGGCUACUGAAAGAUGUAAUCCGGGUCAGUUGGGGUAUGCCUACAGCGUACACAGAAGACAACACAGAAGUGUAGGGCAGCUAGCCAAUGUCACAAUUCAGAAGAAACACGAGUCUACGCUACUUCACAUCACCUAUUCAACGAACAUUGUGGCAUAUGGAAGAGAAUCGUCUGCCUGGUGGUAUGCUGCCAUUGAUAACCAGAGAUGCAGCGAGCCCAGCGAUGUAGCAAUGCUGCUCUACCGGGAAAUUUCAAACAAUGUCUACCGACCAGCGUAUCUGGAUGGUGUUUGUAAAGGAAAUAGGCUUGGCGACUUUGGAGCUGGAUCACAUAUCGUAGCUAUACACGUGCGAAAGUACGCGGGAGUGCCUUAUGUACUGUCCGGCUAUGAUUCACCAUCCACUCUACAGGUACGGGAAAUAUGUGCACCUUAGCUGGUCACAAUCAGAGAGUCGUAAAAUACAAUGCUUUGCACUCUCGGGAAAUAGAAGCUGCUGAACGCUGGCAUAGCCAACCCCUGCACACAAGGCCAGGAUGGUAAGCGUGAAAAUGUUUCGUCAUCUCUACUCAUCAAGUAAAGCCGAUUCUAGCGUCUUCUAGUAUCGUUUUUUUGCUUUUUGUUGUUUUCUUACUCAAUAAUAAUGAAAGACAAUGAUACUGAGACUAGGGCAAAUGUCCAAGAAUGUUUACUUGUCGUUCUGCAGCCAAUAACUGACGAGGUCUGUUCUCGUCAUCUGUGCUAAAUUAGUCUCACUGUGACAGCUUCCAUCUGGGCCUUCUCUUCUUCACUUCCAUCUAGGCCUUCUCUUCUUCACUGAAUCGGAUAUCUGCGGCUGUUCGCUUCUAAGUAUGUAUUGUGUCUUGGCCAUGCACGUGCGCUUUGUUCAUGACUUCAUGCGUAGAUCUAUGCUUCCUUCUCGCCAUCUUUUGGUCUAAAAUUGUGCUUCUUUCUCCCUUCCGUUGCGAAUGGCUUGGUUGUGCUGGA